GACGGAAGCACAGCUGGUCGGCGGUCAGAGGGGCUGGGAGCCAGGCGAGACUACUGGGGGACCUUGGAGCAGCAGCUGAAGCCGGGGACUUGCGGGCGGGCUGGACGCGGGCAGGCAGCAGCAGCGGCUCCAGUGGGGUUCUAGAGCGAGCAUCUGGGAACGCGGAGCCAGAGAUUCCGGCAGCCUGCGGCGGGGCAGAGGAGGUGGUGACAGAACCUGCCGGGAGAGAACCGAAGAGGCGGAGGCGAACUCAGGCGGCGGGAGGCAGUACGCCAGCGAGAAAGGGGGUGUUCCCUGAAGACAGGGAGGAAAAGAGGGGACCGGGCCCGGGUUAGAGGGCAGGGGUGCCGGCAGUAGGGCGGAGGGGCUCACUGACACUCCCUCCCUCCCCAGGAGCUGGCCUGAUAGUUUCUAUGUGGCUGGGAGGUUGCCCGGAGAUCCACCCCUAAGGUGGGCAUUCCUGGAGUCACAGGGAAGCGUGAGCAUUGCUCCGUCUGGGGUAGGACUAGUGGUCACAAAGGUGAUAGGGGCUGCCUGGACUGCAAGAAGAAAAUCUGAUACUACUCCCAUGGGAGAACCUCUGCUCUUCACCCUACUAAGAGCCCUGGAUCUGAGAGUCCUGGGUAGAGCCUGCCCUAGCAGGGGGUUGUGUACCCUGUGCUGGAGACUCCCAGUUCUCCAAGACUCAGAAGGAAACCUCCUCCCUAAGUGAAAGAAAACUGAGAGGAAAUCAAAUGGUUAAAGUCCUAGCUUAGCCAGUAACUUACUACUUGACCUUGGGCAAGUCACUGAAUAUUUGUAAGCCCUUUUCCCUCCUCUUCACAAUAAUGGGGCUGGAUUAAAUCAAUGAGGUCCCUCAAUUAUUUGGAUUCUUCGAGUGGAGAGCUGUGCCCAUUGCCCUGGGUGUACUCAUUGGCAUGACCUGUAGACUUAACUUGUUGGCCUUGCUCUCUGCCCGUCCCAGUCUCCCCCAACUGACCUGGUUCGUGCUAAAAGUUGAGUUGCAUCAGAUUGGGCAGGAGCCCUGGGACCUGGGAGAUAGAGGAGACAAAAGGCAUUUGGCUCAGGCCCCAAGAGCAAGGCUGUAGAGUUUUGUGCCAUAGGGAGUAGGGAGAUAAGAAUGGAGGACUGGAUUGGAGCAGGCCCCUUUAGGUAGAGAAGGGAAGCUGAAUGGACAUUGCUCUUCUUGCCGUUCCACCUCUGUAAAACCCCGUUACCGCACAGCAUCCCUCCCUCUUGCAUACUUCCCACCUGAUCCCAGGUAACCUAAUGGACAUAUGCAGUCCAGGAGAAGGAAAUAUCUUUGGCCGAUACUGUCAGCCUUCUGGCUCCUCCUUGUCCUCUUAGGGGCUCCUCGGCUUCAACAGCUUGCCAUCCCCCCUGGCCUGAGACCCAAGACUUUGACCAGCUGGCCCCGAUGGCUGGAUCAGGAGCUUCUACCCAGUUUUGUGGGGCCUGAGGAGCUGAGCAAAGACCCCUGCCCACCCUCCUGUAGCACCCACGAGUGGCGGAGCCAGAAGCUUGGCUGCCUUAUGGAGACAUGCUUUGACACCUCCAGGUGCCAGAGCCAAGGCUUCAAGGUGUUUGUGUACCCUAUUGGGCCGACCCAGCCCAUCUCCGAAGUUCACCAUAAAGUCCUGGCUUCCAUUGAGGGCUCCCGAUACCACACGGUCAACCCUGAGGAAGCCUGCCUCUUUGUCCUCCCAGGGGAUGCACUGGGCCCCCAGCUGCUCCCGCUGUGGAAUGGAGGGCAGAAUCAUCUCAUUUUCCAUCUUCACCCAGGCUCUUGGCUGGAUCUGGGCUUUGACCCUGGGCAGGCCAUGAUGGCCAGAGCCAACCCCACACCAGAGACCUUCAGGCUUGGCUUUGAUGUCUCCCUCCCCUUCUUCCCCCAGAGCUACCCACAGAGGGGUGGGAGUCAAAGCCAACUGGUCCAUCUUAUUCCCACUUGGAGAAGACCUGUUGGCCUUAGACAUGUGGGUUCUGGCUCUUCCAACCAAUGGGACCAGAAUGCUAUCUUGAUCCCAAGUGAUCGCCAUGGUGAAACCAGCAAAGGACGCAGGGACAGGCCAUGUAAACAGGACCACACCACUGAGCAGUCUGAGGAUCAGAAACGCCUGUACAACUCUACCUUCUGUUUUAUUCCCCCGAACUGCCGCCUGGGCUCCUUCCACCUCCUCCAGGCCCUGAAGGCAGGAUGUAUCCCUGUGCUAUUGAGCAGGGGCUGGGAGCCCCCCUUCUCUGAGGUCAUUGACUGGGGCACCUCAGCCAUUGUCAUUGAUGAGAGGCAUCUGCAUCAGCUCAAGUCAGCCCUCCAAGGGCUGCCCCCUGCCCGUGUUCUCGCCCUCCGCCAGCAGACCCAGUUCUUGUGGGAUGCCUACUUUUCUUCAGUGGAGAAGAUUGUCUAUACCACGCUGGAGAUCGUCAGAGACCGGAUCUUUCGAGCAGCCUCCAGGCCCUGGCUGCUGUGGAAUGCCCCUCCUGGGGGGCUCCUGGCACUGCCCACCUUCUCCACACAUUUGGCAGACUUCCCCUUCUACUAUCAACGACAUGGCUCCCGUCCCUCUGGCAGAUUCAGUGCCCUGAUCUGGGUGGGGUCCCUGGACCAGCCCCCAAUGAAGCUGAUCCAGGAGGUGGCUGGCUCCCAGCAUUGUGCCCAGAUUCUGGUCCUCUGGAGCAAUGAGAGUCCUCCUCCAGCCCAGGGGAAGUGGCCCCAGACUACAGUGCCCCUGAUAGUCAUUGAAGGGAAGAAGAAGAAGAGUGACCGGUUCUUCCCUUACAGCACCAUCAGCACUGAUGCCAUCCUCAGCCUGGAUGCCCGCAGCAGCCUUUCAACCAGUGAGGUGGACUUUGCCUUUGUAGUGUGGCUGAGCUUCCCAGAACGGAUUGUGGGUUUCCAGACCCGGAGCCACUUCUGGGAUGAAACCAACGGCUCCUGGGACUAUACAGACCAGAGGCCCAAUGAGUUCUCAGUGGUCCUCACAGCUGCCGCCUUCUAUCACAGGUAUUACCAUAACCUCUUCACCCACUCCCUGCCUGCCCCACUAAGGGACCUUGUGGAUGAGCUCUCAGCCUGUGAAGAUAUCUUGAUGAAUUUCCUUGUGGCUGAAGUCACCAAGCUCCCGCCCAUCAAAGUACCACAGCGGAAGCAGCUCCAGGAGGUACCCUCUCCACAGCAUCCUAGAGCUGAACAGCAGUUGAAGAACUGCGUCAACAGAUUUGCCUCAUGGUUUGGCCGCAUGCCUCUGGUGCAUUCACAGCUCCGCCUGGACCCUGUACUCUUCAAGGACCAGGUGUCUGUCCUACGGAAGAAGUAUCGGCACUUGGAGAGACUUUAGGAGCUGGGGCAUCGCCGCAGGCACAGCUUCUCAAACUUGCCAAAAGCCCAGUGUGGGGAAAAAAGGUUCAGACCAGGUGGGGUGCACUGGGCACUUUCUACAUGGCUCCAGAGGACCAGUGGGGAACAUGGUAUGGAUGAGGCAUUAUAGUUUAAGAAUCUGGGUUCAUCUCCUUACUGCAUGUGUGACCUGAGCAAAUCACUUAACCUCUCUGGGUCUCGGUCUGUAAAAUAACAGUGUUGGACUAGAUGGCUUCUAAGGUCCCUCCUAGCUCUGAAAUAUGACCCUAUGACCUAUAAGGACUUCCUUCCAGUCCUAAUAUUCAAUGAUCUGAAAGGAUGGUUCAUUAUUGCUUACUCCAUCCCAGCAGAGCUCAUAGCCCCAGAGACAUCUAACCCUGGUUUGAGGUGGUCAGUAGAUAACUCCCAGGGUCUCCUGCACUAGCCUUGGGAGGAAGAGGGAAGGGGCUGAUAUUGGGCUCACAGAGGCUGAUAUCUGGUUCAGAGACCCAUAGCCAUUCACUAGGUCUUGAAGUCCUCAAUCGAACACCCUCCCUACAAUCCUUCCCCACCAGAGGGCAGCAGCAGGCUACCUGUGUCUGGGCUUCUUAAUCUGUCCUGGGUUCCCUUGUUUAGUUGGGCAGUCAGAGAGGGGGACAGCCCAGGGGGUUGUGUUUUAUCACCCUCCCCCAUCAGGAGUGGGACCAGCUAAAGCAGAGCUGGGAGAGGAAAUGGGGGCAGAUGAGCAGUCUGCUGGGGCCAGAGAGAAUCAGAGUCACCCUUAAGAAAAUCGCUCUGCAUAACUUGUAUACCAAGUUGUAACUAGCCCAAACUGCCUGGGGCAAAUUCAGGGGUGUGUGUGUGUGUGUGUGUGUGUGUGUGUGUGUGUGUGUGUGUGUGUGUGUGUGUUUGUGUUACAGGGGCAGGUGUGGAGGGCAUACACAGAAGUACUGAGGACACCCCACUGGGGCCUCAGUCUCUUUGGUAGGUGAGCCCUGGAGUUGGGUCUCCCUAGGGAUGGUGGCUGAGAACAUUUGCAACCCAUGUCACUGGAGGGCUGUGAAGCCGAUUGUGGGGACAGUGGUCACCCUGAGACAAAGGCCCAUUUGCCAUGUGGCAGUCACCACAGUUUGCAAAGCCUUUUCCUUACAUAGUGGAUGAGAACCCGCAUUUUAUAAAGGUGGAAACUGA